GGCGCCCGCCCACAGCCCGAGCGCGCGCGCGAGUGGCCUGGUUCCGCCGCCGCCACCGCCCAGCAGGCAGUGGCGACCAGAGGAUACCUCAGAAGUUCGAACUCGCCUACGGCAGGCGCACUGGGACCAGCGCUACCGCCUGCGAGCCCAUCAACGACCAGGCGAUCGCCAGCCCGCUCGACGAGCGACCUCGCCCCCCCCCGCCCCGCUCGCAAGCGACCGGGACGACCGCCGGGACAGCUGCUACAUCAAUCGGACCUGCGGCUCGCCCAGCAGUAGCACCGCCACUUUGGCACGACCCGUCCGACGCGACGACGGCGGCAGCGGCGACCCCAGAGGAGCAGGGGCAGCAGAGAGCGUCAAGAGCGCAGGGGAGGCUGCCCCCGCCGGCGCACCCCCAGAAGUCCGGGAAUUCUGGCAGCGCUGUCAGUGAGCAACGGAAGAGCCAGAAGGGCGGCGUCGGAGGCACCUCCGCAGAAGGCCAGCAGAACGGACGAGAAGCAGCAGGCCGCCAAGGACGAGGACGUCAACAUGGAGCAGACCCUCAAGGACACGGGCAAGGGCAAGACUGAGAAGACCCGCCGCGGGGGCAAGCGCCACAACCGCAAAGGCAUCCAUACGGAGAAGACAUGGUCCCUGAAGGACGCCAGCCUACGCGAGUUGAUGGAGUCUUUGCUGAGCCUUCAAACGGCUCAGCGCCAGAGGCUGACGUCCAGCAGGGUGAUCGACACGUUCACGGCGCCUGGGACGCACCCCGCCGCGAAGAGCUUGCAGGCCGGGUUCGAGGCGUUCAAAGCAGUAGUCUCGGUCGCGAGCAGGGAGGCGAUGCUCCCAAGAAGGUCGGAUCCCCGGCGGCGGGCAUGGCGGUGGCCUUCCUGGAGGGGCUCCUGGAGAGCGACGUGGGGGGGAAGGCGAAGGCCGAGAUCAACGCGCACAUGGACAAAGUGCAGCCACCGAUGGAAGGGAUCGCGCCCACCGUCAGCAAGCUGGACAUGGAUCUCGUGAUCCAGGCCAUCCGGGUGGAGAAGACCCACGACGAGAACGUGGCCAAGAUCAUCGUCGCCGCCCCUUUUCUAGGAACUACGCGAAGUCGUCAGUUGAACCUUCCUGAACAAAAGAGUCGUAACCAGGCACGCGGGCCCCGCGCCGCCGGGAUGGCUGGAGGACGAGGUAUCAAUGUGGUUGGACGCCUUGCAGUGACCCAGCCGAGCGAAGCCUUGUCCAGCAGCCUGACCCCGAUUUAUUUCGUGCGCGGCGAGACGCUGCCUGCCACCCUCCCUUCCUCUCGGCGCUUGGCCUCUUCGACUGAUGAGUACUGGCGCUCCCUCGGACUCUAAGGUAGCUCGCUGACGGGUGCACGGGAAUCUUCUGAAUAGGCAUGCCGUGCAGACAUGGGGAAUCUCAAGCAGAGGUGAAGACAGGAACUUGCAACUACCAAGCAAGACCUCUGCUGGAAUUUGCCCUUGGGGUCCCUGGCGGCGGGCCGCCCGAAUGGCGGGCCGUUUCGAUGCUCGUUCGACGCCCGCACGAUGUCUGUAGCAGGCUGGGCCUGCACGCCGCGCGCCUGACCACCAUGCCGGUAAGGCUCGACGCCAGCGACGGGCACUGGCACUACUAUACAUUAUACACCAUUUUCUUGGAUUGGCUCGGCAUUGCCCCGAUGUUGCGUUGCUGCUGCUCCUCCUCCUCCUCCUCCUCCUCCUCCUCCU